AAGCUUAUGAAUGUCGCAGACUCGCAGUGCAGAGGAACCGUCUGAAACGAAGAGGUGUAGAGUCUGCUUUCGGAACUCAGAACUGAGCCUUUACUUUGUUCUACGCACCAUUAGUUUUGUUUUUUCCCCUUACUUCUAAGUUCGUUGGACUUGUUUUACGCAACAAUCAAAGCAUCAACAAUUUGAUUUUUAGAAAGAAAACCAUCCAUUAAAUUAUUGUUUUGAACAAAAGCUGAAUCCAAGCUCGAGGGUCCGUAACGGCUCUGCUCUCUGGUAACAAAAUCAGGAUAAAGGUCGCUGCGAGUGGAGCGCACGAGCAAAUUAACUGACAAGCGGAGCGGCCAGGAGAAUCUCUAUCCCAAAUUUGAUAACUCCAUCACGCCAUCUUCGCCUGUCCUCCCGCUUGCUCUCCGCUCUGUUGCUGCUUAUCCACACCGACGGCGUUCCUUUCCUUCCUCAGCUUGCUGGAGCGCGGUAUCGCAUAAAAGAUCAACUUUUCGCUAGCCCCGCGGUCUGACGGUCCCUCUCUCCCUCUUGAUCCAUUUCUUCCUCUUCUCCGUCCUUAUCCUCCAGAUCAGAGAGGAUGAGUUUUCGAGGGGAUGAUAGCAGUGGGGAGGAGGGUAGGUCAGACCUUCGAAAGCCGUUCCUGCACACGGGAAGCUGGUAUAGGAUGGGGAUGGGAUCGCGGCAAUCUAGCCUGAUGGAUAAGCUGGGAUCCUCUGCCUCUGUCAUCCGCGACUCCUCUAUUUCCGUCGUUCUCUGUACUAUCAUCGUCGCCCUCGGCCCCAUCCAGUUUGGUUUCACUGGCGGCUACUCCUCCCCCACCCAGGAAGACGUCAUCCGCGACCUCAAUCUUUCACUCUCCGAGUUCUCGUUCUUCGGCUCUCUAUCGAACGUCGGCGCCAUGGUUGGGGCUAUUGCCAGCGGCCAGAUAGCCGAGUACAUUGGGCGGAAAGGGUCUCUUAUGAUCGCUUCGAUACCCAACAUAAUUGGUUGGUUGGCUAUCUCCUUUGCCAAGGACUCAUCGUUCUUGUACAUGGGCCGUUUGCUGGAGGGAUUCGGGGUUGGCGUGAUUUCUUACACGGUGCCAGUUUAUAUAGCAGAGAUUGCUCCUCAGAACAUGAGAGGAGGGCUUGUUGCUGUCAAUCAGCUUUCUGUGACCAUAGGCAUACUGCUGGCUUACAUCCUGGGAAUGCUUGUCAAUUGGAGAGUGCUUGCAGUGAUGGGAAUCCUUCCGUGCACAUUGCUCAUACCUGGUCUGUUUUUUAUUCCGGAGUCUCCAAGGUGGCUGGCUAAAAUGGGAAUGAUGGAAGAUUUUGAAGCAUCCCUCCAAGUCUUGAGGGGUUUUGAUGCUGAUAUCACUGUAGAAGUUAAUGAAAUCAAGAGGGCUGUUGCAUCAUCAUCAAAUAGAAGAACUGCUAUACGGUUCCAUGAACUUAAGCAAAGAAAAUAUAAACUUCCACUUAUAAUAGGAAUUGGUCUUUUAGUGUUGCAACAAGCAAGUGGAAUUAAUGGCAUACUAUUUUAUGCUAGCAGUAUCUUCAAAGCUGCCGGGAUUUCAUCAAGUAACAUAGUAACCUGCGGGCUUGGGGCAAUUCAGGUCCUUGUAACUGUUAUCAACACAUGGUUGUUGGAUAAAGCUGGGCGUCGAAUUUUCCUCAUAAUUUCCACUUCUGGGAUGACAGCCACUCUUAUCCUUGUUUCUGCUUCAUUCUUUUUGGAGGGUAUUGUUCCAGAAGACUCUCACUGGCAUUCUGUGCUGAGUGUGCUUGCAUUGGUUGGACUUGUGGCUUUUGUUAUUUCCUUCUCGCUUGGGCUUGGAGCCAUUCCAUGGAUUAUAAUGUCUGAGAUUCUCCCCGUUAAUAUUAAAGGCCUUGCUGGUAGUGUGGCUACAUUAGCCAACUGGUUGACAUCAUGGAUUGUCACAAUGACUGCUACUUUACUUCUUGAUUGGAGUACCGGAGGAACCUUUGCACUUUAUGCUGCACUGACUGUAUUUGCUCUAGUAUUUGUAAUCAUUUUGGUGCCAGAGACCAAGGGAAGAACCCUCGAAGAGAUUCAAUGGUCUUUCAGAUGAGCAUGGCAAGAAUUUCUUACUCAAACCAUUAAAUCUUUUUUAUGUUAAUGUUGUCUUCUUAGUGGCGCAACUUGAUUUGCAGAGUAAUUUGAUUUUUCAAGCAUAUUCAUGUUUAUUUUAGAAUGGCAGGGUUUGCCAAAUAUAUAGAGUUUGUAAUAUUCCUGAAUACAUUCAAGGUAUUCGUUUGUUGUAUCUUUGCUUGGUCUUGGAAAUUGAAAUAUUUUUUUAAUUAGCAAUAAUUUUGAAACCUUUUUUUUU